AUGGCUUCUUCAACUGUGAACGUUCUGCUUUCCACCUUUCCCGGGCUGUCGCUGCCAUCUACAGUCUCAUUCUCACUGCCCUCGACCUCGAGCAUCUCCGACCUCACGGACAAAGUCGCCUCAUAUCUCCCGUUGUCUUUAUCCCUACAGCGUCUCAUUCUCACGACCACCAGUAAUAAACAAAUCCUCCCCGACACCGGUUCCAUACAGUCCUUGAUCAUUCAAGAUGGCGAAUCUGCUACAUCCCGUCUCCUGCCUAUGCGCCUUUCCGUCCCGCUAUGUGGAGGAAAGGGUGGAUUCGGAUCCCAGCUUCGUGCGGCGGGUGGUCGCAUGUCCAGCAAACGCAAGCGCAACCAGGGCGACAACAACAGUUCUAGUCGCAAUCUUGAUGGACGCCGUCUACGUACUGUGAACGAGGCUAAAGCUCUUGCCGAAUAUCUCGCCGUCAAGCCAGAGAUGGAUAAGAAAGAAAAAGAAGAGCGUCGUGAACGGUGGCAGUCUGUUGUUGAAAUGGCCGAAAAGCGCCAAGAAGAGUUGAAGAAUGGGGGCGGAAAGGAGAAGAUCAAUGGACAGUGGAUGGAUGAUAAGGAUGAAAUGAAUGAAAAGGCGCGAGAGGCAGUUCUUUUGGCUAUGAAGGAGGGGACAUGGACAGACAAUCUUCGCGAUACAAUUCUGGGUGGCUCAAGUACUAGUGCUAGUGAAGGCAGUGACCACAUGGACUCAUCCACAUCAGAUGAGGACGAUGAAGACGAGAACGGUGCGCCUUCAGCUACUGCUGGCCCAUCUGGCUCGACAGCGAAACCUGCAUCACGUCGAUUCAUUGGGUUUGAUGAUGAUGAUGAUGAAUUUAUGAGCGACUCUGAAGAGGAGGAAGAAGAAGAACAAGAGAUUGACGGAAAGGGCAAGGGCAAGGCACGAGCUUGA